CUCGUAGCCCAUGGACGAAUGGCGGAGAAAGAAGCCCGAAAGAAAUUCAAACAGAUUGUUGCAGCGGUCCAUUUUUGCCACUGUCGAAACAUUGUACAUCGAGACCUGAAAGCUGAAAACUUGCUUCUAGACGCUAACCUUAACAUAAAGAUAGCAGACUUUGGAUUCAGUAACAUCUUUACUCCAGGACAAUUACUUAAAACGUGGUGUGGGAGUCCACCGUAUGCAGCUCCUGAGCUGUUUGAAGGAAAAGAAUAUGAUGGCCCCAAAGUAGAUAUUUGGAGUUUGGGGGUGGUCCUGUAUGUGCUGGUGUGUGGGGCCUUACCAUUUGAUGGCAGCACACUGCAGAACCUGCGGGCCAGGGUACUGAGCGGGAAAUUCCGCAUUCCAUUCUUUAUGUCAACAGAAUGUGAGCACUUGAUUCGACAUAUGCUUGUGCUAGAUCCAAGCAAACGCUUAUCUGUGGAACAGAUCUGCAAACAUAAAUGGAUGAAGAUAGGAGAUCCUGACCCAGAAUUUGAUAGGUUAAUAUCAGAAUCUAAACAAAUCAAAGUGGAAAUCAAGACAGAACCGCUGAAUGAGCAGGUACUCAUGUACAUGACAGAGUUGGGUUUGGAAAGAGAACGCACACUACAGUCAUUGAAGACAGAUGGCUAUGAUCACUUUGGUGCAAUUUAUAGCCUGCUAUGUGACAAGCUAAAACGACACAAGACAUUGCGGAUCUCUGCACCUCCUAGUGUACCUCGCACUAUGCCCUUCCAGUCACCUGCAAAUAUCCAGGCUGAGCAAACAGGUAACACACUGAGUCUAAAUGUGCCACAAGUGCAGCUCAUCAACCCAGAGAACCAAAUAGUGCAGACUGAUGGCAAUAUGAAUCUAGAUAGUGAUGAAGGUGAAGAACCAUCACCAGAGGCACUGGCACGAUACCUAUCCAUGAGGAGACAUACUGUUGGUGUUGCUGAUCCCAGAACUGAAGUUACAGAAGAUCUGCAGAAAUGCCACCUACCUGGUUUCCCACGUGUCAUGCCUCAGGCUCCUUUCCUUCAGGUUGUUCCAAAUGUUAAUCUCAUGCAGAAUAUGCUACCUAUACAUUUUCUUUCUAAAGUUUUCUCUUAUCCUCCUUAGGAACAAUCUUUGCUUCAGCCUCCAACUCUACAGUUGUUAAAUGGUAUGGGACCACUCGGUCGCCGUGCUUCUGAUGGCGGAGCCAAUAUUCAAUUACAUGCUCAACAGUUACUAAAACGUCCAAGAGGUCCUUCACCAUUAGUCACCAUGAAUCCACACGCUGUGCCAGCCGUGACACCAGUAGAUGAGGAGAGCUCAGAUGGAGAGCCAGACCAGGAAGCUGUACAGAGGUAUCUGGCUAACAGGUCUAAACGCCAUACCCUUGCAAUGACCAACCCUACAGCUGAGGUCCCCCUAGAUUUGCAGAGGCAGCUGGGACAGCAACAGGCAAUCCGUUCACGGGCCUGGGUUCCUCACCCUGAGCAGCACAGCCGCGUUUGCUAUAAAGACCCCAAUACCCUGCACCUCCCGACAGAAAGAUUCUCUCCAGUUCGCCGUUUCUCAGAUGGUGCUGCUAGUAUCCAAGCAUUCAAAGCCCAUUUGGAGAAAAUGGAGAAAAGCACAACCACCAAUAGUAGUAUAAAACAACUACAGCAGGAAUGUGAACAUUUGCAAAAGAUGUAUGGAAAUGCUGUGGAUGAAAAAAUAUUUGAGAAGACUCAGCAACAACACAUACUUUACCAACAAGAGCAACAAAUUCUACACCAACAAAUUCAGGAAUGUAUUCGACCAGCUCAGCCUUCACCUCCAUUGUCAACUGCUUCAUUGGUACAGCACGUGGAAAACCAACCAGCAUUCAUCACCCACCAGCUGCAAAGGUUACAAAUUCAGCAUGAACAGUCAAGUCCUCCUCCUAAUCAUCCCAACAAUCAUCCCUUCAGCAAAUCUAAUAACAGUCCUUCUCCUGGCACUACGGCCAUCAUGCAAUCCAGCAGUUGUGUUUCUUCUCCAUCUCAGUUUCAAGGCUUGACGUCCCAACAUGCUUUGUUCCAGCAGCCAAGCAAUAGCCCCCCACCCCCAAACAUUAAUCUGCCUCGAAUGAAUUUACAACCUGGGUUGGCGCAGCAAUCUCAAACGCAGCAGGUUACAAUCCAGGUCCAAGAGCCAACAGACAUGCUCAGCAAUAACUUGCUACAAAGUGCUGGGCAAACAUUGCACACCACGCACCCCCGUGGAAUCAUCAAUCCAGGAAAUCAUCUUCCUCUACAACAGAGAGGGUUGCACAUGCCAUCUCUUGGGCUUGGACAGCACAGAGCCUUAGCAAAACAACUGAGUGCUGACAGUGCAGAGACAAGCAGUCGACCUAUCAGUCGAUUCUCUCCUUUGAGCUACGAUCAGCCGCACUUGCGCCCUCAUCUUUUCCAGGAGCAGUUUCGGUGUGCGACUAACAACUUCAAUCCAGCAGCAGCAUUUUCUCAAGCCAUGAAAAUUGCACAGAUGGACCCGCUUUUAAACUAUAACAAUAUGGCUGGUAAAGCCCUCCUGCAGCAUGAGCAACAGCAACAGGAUCUCACCGCUUCAUCACUACAUCAGGCAUUGCUUUCUCCAACGCCAUCUGACUACACAAGACACCAACAAGUUUCACAGCAGUAUGGCCAUAUGAUCCAGGGUUUACUGUCACCCAGACACUCAUUGACAGGGCAACAGGACCUGCGCUUACCUCCUAUCGAGGCACAAUUCGUAAAACAUCACCAGCGGCAGCAGCAACAACAGCAGCAGGAAUAUGACUUGCUGAGGCACAUGAACCAAGGGGUGGCAGAUGCUGGAAACAUGACUGCCAACCUAUGUGGGCAGCAACAGACUUUAUCAGAUCACCAAGCGUUAAAUAUGCCUUAUCAAAGUACAGAAACAUAUCAUCAGCACCAUCGUUUAUUACAGGUCAGAGGCCAAGAGCAUAUUGCACAACCCCCUUCGUCAUCCCAAGGACACAGUUUUGUACACCAUCCCCCGUUGAUGCAUUCGGAGAGUAUGGAAGAGGACUGUGCAAGCGAGGGGAAUAGGGAGGGGUAUCAGGACAAUACAGACUGCACUGACACAUCCACCAAAGCCUGCCAAGAGAAUCCAGUGCUACUUAAUGCUAUUAGAUGUAGGGAUGCAGAGACACUACUAGUAAAUAUGAAUCAUGUGCAUGAGAUGACACAGCCUUACAGUCAUCAGCCAGUCCCUGGCUUUGCCAGAAGCAAAGUGCCAAGUAGAGAAACUAUGUCUGGGGAUCGGAUGGAUGGCAGAAGAGCUCCCAUGCAGCCCAUGGAGGUAAAUGAUCACAAUGGAGUUGGUUACACAACGAGACAGUCAACUAGAACCCUCCAGCGGCAUCAUACCAUUCAGACAAGUGAUGAUGCUUAUGAUCAGGCAGAACCUUCAGGGAUGAGUUUAUUAGCUGGAAAGGUGCUUAGCUCUGCCCGAAUGUCAGAUGUUGUUCUUAGCCAAUCAUCACUUACGGGGAGCCAACAGCUACAGACAAGAGAGAAUGAAGAAUGUGCUGAAAGUUCACAGAGUUCUGCUGAUCCAAACACAGGAGAGGGUUCACAACAUUCAAACAGUUCCUGCUGCUCCACCAAAUGCAUCACUGAGAUCCUGAAAGAACUGAAUCCACCAUUUGACAACAAACUUCUCACCUACAAACACCCUGAUCUGGCCUUUGGAAUGGAGCAAGCUGGAGUGUAGUGGAUACAGAGGUGAUCAACAGUGCUGCUGUUCUAAGGGGAAUAUGAGUGUGUUCAGCUUUGAGGUCAAAGGUCCAUUUUGCCGACAGUAUCUAGCAGCAUCACGCCAAAACUUCAUUGUAUUUCUUUCCAGCACAAUAUCGUGACUUGUUUGCUGUCAGUUGAGGGGUUGCACUAUUUGCCACACCUGUCAGUACCAGUCAUGAGAAGAAGAGAAGACUGAAGUUUUCAAAAUUGCAAAAAGAGAAAAAGUAAACAGCCAUGACCAACUCCCGCCCAGACCCCUCCCCAAGUCAUCUUCAUGUGUGAAGCCCUUUCCCCCUGGCCUUAUCUUAUAGAAACAGAAGCCCUCCAAACCCUGUGAUGUCACUUUAUCCAGGGAGAGUAACUGAGCAGUGCAGCAUGUGCCCUGAGGCGUAAUUUUCUCUGUGAGCAAUAAGACUGCUUGCUGUCCCUCUGGUACUCCUCCAUUUUUGAUUUUUGCCUAACAGUGGUGCAAUAUGCUUUGUUUUCCUAAGUUUCUUUUCCAGUGUUUGUCAUUGUGCUUUCUUUCUCAUGUUAAUUUCUGCGUCAUUUACCAAAAAAAAGUAUAUGGCCAUUUUUUAAAAACAAAGUUAGGUUUUAUGGAUUUUAUUUCCCAUUCACAUAGAUCUUGUUAUGUUACCUUAAGAUAUCAAUUAAAUGAACCGUGUUAAAAAAUAAAUUGUCAAAAUGGAUGAUUUUGUUAUAUUUGAAUUGUAACUUGCACCUUUGUUAAAGUAUUUUUCCCUUUUUAUGGCAUUGUAAUGUGACUUCUUUCCUUGUGCCAGGUGAAAUUUGUUAAUGUUAACCCUUUGAAAUUUCACAGUGUGUAUUAUGUUUCUAUGCCAUGUCCUUUUUUAUAUGUAUUAAAACACCCAGAACCUGCCCAAAGACCAGGUUUUUGGGAUUCUUUCUGAACUCUAAAAUUGAUCAGAAAAUGAAAUUUAAGUUGAAAGACUUAGCUGCUUCAAAGAGGAGAAGAAGAAGCAGAACUUCGAAAGGAAUUUGCACGAGCGGAAAGAAAGACUACAAACUAAGCCAGUCAAGCAGUGUUUAACUGUGAUUUUAAUAAUCAUGGUUUUAAAAAAAACAAUAAAAAGUAGCUCUGGACAGAGAAUUUUUAGAUGAAAAUUUAAAUAUCACCCAUUUAUCUGCUUCUCAACUACAAAUCUGUCCAACUUCUGUCAUUUGUACAUUUUUGUUCCAUUUAUUUGAUGAAAAAAAGUCAAAAACUUGAUAUUCAGCUGUUUAACGGGAAGGUACCAAGAAAACACUGAAAGCUUUUAUUGUAUGUAUCUUUUCUUUGUUUACAUGACACUGUAUUUAUGGGAGAGUCAACUGCCAAUCUAAGGAAAAAAAGAACUGAAAUGCAGUGCCAUCUCUCAUCUGUAACACAUUUUUAAUGUUGCUUUGUAUUGUAGUAAUCAAUACGCAGUAUAUGUUGAAUGUAUAUUAAUAUACUUUGCUAUUUCUGUUUCGGAAAUGUUGAAAAGUAUUUUUUCUUGUUUAUGUUGGACAAAAGGUUCAGUGAUCUAGUACAUUGUGUGGGUCACUUGCAACUAGUAAUUUAGUUGGAAAGUGGGAUCAUGACAAAUAAAACCUAUGUAAUUUGAUCUGAA